AUGACACAGGCAUUAAUGAAUGCUGAUGAGGUUGCAGUAGCCGGUGGUGGCCCACAGCAGCCGAGUCCGUCAACAUCGUUCAACCAGUCGUCACAAGGUGGCCUAAAGCCGGUGAUGCCGGUUGCACCGAUCAUGCAGUCCACCAAUGGUCAUUUGUACUCGUCAUCAGUGUACAGUAACUCCAGGUUGUGUUAUCCUCCGCCGAGCAAUAUGCGAACAUUUCAAACUGUGUCAUCCCGGAAUUACUAUGAUCAGCAGCAACAACAACAGCCGUGCAACAGUCCUGUGAUUAAUAGGCGUAAAUUGGAUCGAAUACAGCAGUGGAAUGCUGAACAUCAUCGAGUUAGUCAUAUUCGUCAGGGAUACAAUCCUGUUUCUAGGUCCUCAUCUGUCGCUUCCGGUAUCUCAGGGAUUUCAAGAGUCAGUAAUGUCUCGCAAUUCAGCGCGUUAAGCAUCUCUACGCAGAUGACAGAUCUGCCAAACCCUGCUCAGAUGCAGCGUUCAAAUCAGUACUCAUCGGCUUCGUCGACGGCCUCUUUUGCUGAAAAUAUUGACCCCACCUGUAGUCGUUAUUUCCUUGGAGUUGAGCAAACGGUUGAUGAAGUCACUGCAAAGAUUCAGGCAGGAAUCGUUAAGGAGCAGGAAUUUUUGUGCUGCCAAUUUAUAAAAUAUGAUUUUUGCAACUAUGCCGCGGUUAUAUUACACACUUUAUUGUUGUAUGCAAACGAGCGAAAAUUUCGGCUGGAAUUUUCAAAGAAAAUUGAGAUCAUGAACCAGGUGUUAGGCAUGUUAUGUGCUUUUUCGAAACCAAAGCUUGAUCAUCGUCUUGGUGAACGAAGUAAACGAAUUAUUAUUGACAUCAGUCGGGUAUUGGUCUUUUGUGAUGACGCCUUGAAGAAAUAUUUUGCUGAAAAAGGCGGAAUAGAAGCGCUGUUGUGGUUUCUGUUGAAUGAACCAUCCGAAGAAGUGAUGUAUUAUGCAGCACAUUCUCUUCGACAUAUGCUGCACAGUUCACAUAAAUUUAUUGCGGAAAGAUGUGUUGCAGUGCGGGGAGUUCAGAUUUUUGCUGAAAAACUCUCACAUGGUUCACCUCGGUUAUUAGUUGAGUGUAGUGAUUGCUUGUCGGCGAUGAGUGAUGUUGACUCGCUGCGGGAAAAUGAACUGACUCGACCACUCUGGCAAGUGCUACAAAUCCUAGGGUCCAAUGAGCCGGAACUCAUGAAACACUCCCUUGCAUUUUUAGGCAAUGUUAUUUCAUCUAAUCGGAAUGGUACACCAAAUCCAAAUAAGAUAGUCAACAUUUGCUUCCAGGAAUUUCUCGUGACUAACCGAGGCGUUGAAAGUAUUGUUAAUGUUCUUCACUACUAUGUUCCGCAACCGGAUAGUCCAUUGAUCACUUACGAGAUUGUUGAGAAUGGGAUUUUCGCAUUAAAAAAUUUGACAUCGUCGUUCGGUUUGGAGAAGAAACGUGACUUCGUUAGGAAGCAGCUUGUCGAAAUUGAUGGAGCAUUGAACAUACUGUUGGAACAUUUACUGAUACCAGUACGGUUUGAGCAACGUAGUAGAAUCCAGUUCCAAAUAUUUGAUAUUCAAAUUGAUAAUCGCAACGAUUUAUUGCUUAUCGUACAAAGAUUGAUUGACUCAUCACUUUUGGACAAGUUGUUUGAUGCUCACUCGUUAGCAAAUACAAAUUUUGUGGAUGUUUUAUUAAGUGUUUUACUGCAGUCAGCCAAGUUAAAAGAAUCAUGUUCUUUCGAACAGCAACGAGCAAAACUGAUGAAGACAGUGGAGAUAGUACUUGUAAUAAUGGAUAAAAUUGUUGAUUCUCAACGUUUCCAUUCGCAGUUACAACCUCUUAUCAGGGAAUCAAAAAUCAACAAUGUUUUACGUUCGGCUGCGAGUCCUGAAUUAUGUUAUGCAUUUUUGCGAGCAAUAGAGAUCAUGGCACGUGAUCCAUUCACCAGGGAUGAGUGGAGACAAGAUUCGACAUUUAUGGAGAUUAUACAGUUUUAUAUUUCUCAUCAGCAACCAGAGUUUGGUACGAUCACUUGGCCUAUUUUAUUCAGUUUACCAUUCACUGGUCAUUUGCUUGCGGUAGUUUUGGUAUCAACAAGUACUGCCCAAAAAAUCAUGUCUGUGAUCCACGGCGUUGUCAACUUCCAGUUUGCUGAUUUGUUGGACGACGACAUUGAGAUGGCUUUCGACUAG